AUGGCGGAACCGGCAGGGCAGCCUCCUACCCAGGGUCAACGGCAGCAGGGGCAGGGAGGUAUCGGGCAGUCGCUGACGGGAAUCAUCCGUAUGGCAGUGUUCUGGUACUUCGCCAUGAAGUUUUUCUCUCCGAAAAAGCCCGUCGAGCCGUCACAGCUCAUCUCCAAUCUCUUCCAGAAGGGUGACCACCUGGUAAGUCGCACACUUGACGCGGACGCUAAGACGGUCAUGGCUUUCUUAACAGAUCUUAAGUUUCCCUUCAUCGAUGUCGUUGAUUUCUGGGGAUAAACUUAAGUGUAGCUUCAGGCGACCGAUUUCUUGCCUAGAAGCAUGUCUAGAAGAGGAUGUUAGUUAACUAAUCUUGUCGGAACGCCAAUCCAGAAAUCACAUGGCCACAGUUUGCCAUCAUAUAUGCAAUAACGUGGUCGUGACCGUAGCCAUCAACUAACUCCUCAAAUACCUUCUCCUUUCGACGAAACCUAAAUACUACAUCAGGUUUUACGUGAAUCCUAUUUAUUACUCCAAUAUUUUCAUAAAUCGUUCUACUAUAGCCCCAUCAAACAAUUGAAGUAGGCCUUAGGUGCCAUGCAGGCAAAUACAUAGAUGGCUAUGUCACUUUGAGGUUUUUAAGUUCGUUGUGAUUGACUUGACGUUGAGCUACCCUUAGUCUGGCUGUUAGCCAUUUCACAUGUUUAUUUGACUUUCGAAUGAUUCUAUGAGGUGCGUCUCUACACUAGAAGAUAUAAUUACUCUUUUGAUUUUUCAAAUAUUAAUGUUGUAGGAUUCACUUAGGUUCCUUUAACUCGCGAGUUUUGUUUAGGGAAUAUGUCUCUUAUAGAUUUUGUGAGAUGCAACUCAGUCAGAUAGGGAGGGGGAGAGUUCACUACGAUUAUUGUAGAGAUACCCAUCUCUAGAUUUUUGAAAGAGGAACACGUGAGGCCAUAUCAUUGUACCAUAUCAUUGUACUACAUAGGAAAUUUAAUGGUAUCACUAAGAUAUAGGUGCAGGGAUGGUGCUGGGUAAUCUUUUAAGUUAUGUGAAAGAUUCAACCAUAACCUUUUUUGAUGCAAUAAAGGAUUUGGGGUACACAGCUUUAGAGAGACAUGAAAUCAUACUGUCAUAGUAUGAUGGGAGGGUCAUGAAUGCAGUGAAAAUAGUAAAAAUGAGAUGUCCUUGGUGAAAGGUAUUCUUUUCUAUGAAGAUCACGGGAAAAUGGAAUUUCUUGUGGUUUUGAAGGCCUAUGGGUGGCGAAAUUUCCGUCCAAAUAAGUUUUUGAAUAAAAAAACGUGACAGGGAAGUGGAUCGUGAUGACUUACACCCCUUGGUGUGGGUUUGGAAGAGAAGGAUAACUCCAUUCUUCAAUGUGUGGUUCUCUCUUCAAUUUGUGUGUCGGCGAAGUUAAAAUGUGUCAUCACUGCCCUGGAGGUUAUUUAAUCUCACAACCUGGAUUGAUAUACAUUAGAAUGAAUACUGCAAGGUUAUAUCCAAGAGAGAAAUAACCAACAGUGAAUGGUCAUUGGCAUUGUCGAUAAAAUGAUGGAAGAAAUGUUAUCAAGAGCCAUAGGCUUUUCAAAUAAGCGAGCAAAUUUUCAAAUCACUGGAAUACAAUGCGAAGUCGGAUCUGCCAUGCCUUUGCAGAUAUCCUUUUGGAACUUCCGGUAAAACUGUCAUAAGUUCUGUAGGUUUGGAGAUAUAAAAUGUAAGUUCUGUCGUACUCUUCAAAUGAUUGGGUCUGUGUCACCCUUAGAGAGGUUUAGUUGCUUUGUUUUAAUUGUGAGUGCAUGUGGUUCUGUUUCCUCUUUCAGUCUCUUACUUGUGAUCUACAAUUUGGUGGCCAAUCAACCUCAAUGUUUCUUUUGCCUAUGCUUUUUUCUGCUAUGUCAACCGUCAAAUUCUUCAUAUGAAAAUUUAUGUUUGACUUGUUUUUCAUGAUUUCUUUUUGAUUUACUAGCAUUGAGUGUCUAUUUUCUCAUUAAGAACUACUGCUUGGACUUGGUUUACCAUUAUUUCUUGACCAGGAUAUGUGGGUUUAUCUCUCAGAGAGAGAGAAGUUCAACGACUUUAGUAAUGAAGACGCUCUUGUUUGGCACGAGUCCAACAUUCCAUAUGCAAUUUGGGGAUCAGCUAGUACAAGGUCGCGCUCUUUACAAUAUUAUCCGACAGAGGUACUACAGAACAUUUUUCCUGUUGUUUCUGCAUUAAAUGAGUUUUCGUACCACUAGAUGCAUUAUUUUUUCUGAAUUAUUUCAGGCGGUGAAACAUAAUGGCAGCCUUUAUGCCCACAUUUUUUUUGCACGAUCUGGUUACAGUCCAGAUCCUAGUGAUCCUGAGUACCAGCCACUCUAUGCAUUUGGGAGGUCCCACCGUAAGUCCACCAGGGAUUUCCAUGGUCUCAUACUUUUAGAUGUUGCAAAUCAUGUGCAUAAAAUCAUCACGUACUUAUAAACGUACUUUCAGCUGUUGUGACAUACUUGCCCAGAUCAAAAUCAGGAAAGAAGCGAAGUUUGCUGGGGAAUGCAAAAGUAUCUGAAGAGGAAUCAGUGUCAAAGGUUUGUUUUUUCAGUCUCCUGUUGAUUUCUACAAAUUUUCAAAAUCAUAUACUAGGAAUGUGUGAAUCUUCAUGUAUGCACUGACCUUUUAAAACCAAUUCAGUUCCCACAGGCAUGGUAAACUAUGAAAAGGGUAUAUAAGUGAUGCGAUGCAUGACUGCAACAAAAAUGGACGACUUUCGGAUUUAUUUAUUUUUUUGUGGGUCCCCUUUCUUACUUUUAUCCACUUAAUCCUAGCCUUGGUCUAUCAGUGACAGGAGAGUAAAAAAUGAAUUUGCAUUUACUUAAUUUUGACUUCAGUUAAGAAGGAGAUGAUCCCCUUUUUUGAAUGACUUCAUCAGAUGUAAGCAUUGUGUUUGUGUGGGUGGAGGAGGUCCAGGUUGUUUAUUCCAUGGAGGUUAAAGGCAAUGGCAGAAUUGGAAAUGCUGCCGGUAGUUAAGUUUUAUUUUUCUUGUUUGGCACAUCGGUGGUGCACAGUCUAUUAAUUCUCCUUUUCCUUCUCAUUUCGUUCUUUUACCUGAUGAGACAAACUGUGUCGUUGUUGCUGAAUUAUAAUUCAAUUCCCUUUUCUGCUUUGGAGAAUUAUGUUAUAACCCACAAGUUUUUCUUUUUCAUUGAACGUAUGUGUGAGGGGUGGCAUUGUGGGUCUUCUGUUUUCAAUAUUUGAUUGGUAACGUUCAAAUGUGAUCAUGUGGGUCAAUUGAUGGCCUUGUUUUUAUUUUACUGGUGUGUUACGAGUUACAGUGCUCUAUGUCGCUUGUGUACUGCCUUUGGAAGAAACGCAUGUGGAUAUAGAAGUUUGAACUGUUUGACAAAUAUGUUUUUCCCUGCCCUAGGCUUCGGUGUCAAUUUGUGUCACACCUUUAGUUUAAUAUUUGGGGAGAUAACUCAAAAGUUGACUUCAUGGCUUACUGUAGAAAAUAAAAGGGUUCUCUUUUUGGUGGUUGGAAUGGAGGGGGUGGUCGGGGAGGGGGAGAUGGAUGAUGUUGGAAUUUUUAAAGUUUUUAUUCUAUUUUUUUAAGCCUGCCUGCAUACCUUUUUUAUGGAUUGCCAUAUGAAUCAACUCGUCUUUUUGAAACUGGUGCUAAUUUAUUGCAGUUGAAAGUUGAGAACCAGGAUGCUACCAAUGACGAAGUUUUAGAAUGGGUUUCAUUUUGGAAACCUAAUGUUACAGUUAAUUUAGUCGAAGACUUUACAAGGUAUGCUAACCUUUGAUUCAGUGAAAUAUCAACCAACUAUCAUAAAAAACAAAGGCAUCUUAAUUAUUGAAACCACACAAGUUGAAUGAAAAAUGCUGUCUUAUGCGCAAUCAGUAAUAUGGUUUCCUUGGGUGUCAACUAGUAUCAUGGGUCUUCAAAAACCUUUUCACAUCCCACAGUACCAUAUAACACUUAUGGAGGCCCAUUCAGUCUCUCUAAUUGGUUGGAGGCCUUUCUGAAUUCUCAUAUUUCCUCUUGGGUCUGGGUGAACAGGUUCACAGUUAGAUAAGUUUAUGGACUUGAUGUAUGAUCUGUCUUCUUAUCAAAUUCUAGGAAUUAUUGUUUAUUCAUCUUGUUUCUGCUUGAACUUUCUCUUGUUUAAUGAAAAAAUGAGAUAUCUCUCGCUGCUAAAAUCAUUUCUUUAGACAAAUAAUAAUCUUAUUGCGCAAAAGUUACACUGAUUUCCAUCCCAUUUUGGCCAACAUAGCCAGAAAAGCGUUGUCUAAAUGUCCAAAAAUGUAGUUUUGUGUUGAAAAGUUUUUAUCCUUUUUACUAUGCUGCCAUUGUGCAAGAGUUCCUUUUCGUUUUUGUUUCCAAGGUUCUUGAACUUUUGUAGAUGUUGAAGAACUUUUACUUUCAUUCUUUUUCUCCCCAAUCUCAUUUUUGAUGAGGCACUAUAUUAUGAGAAAAAAUGAACUUGCAUCUCUAGACCGUGAGAGUACAGUGCCCAUAAGAACCCAUACACAUACAGUGUUUGUCUUUAGGAUCAGUAUCAAAUAUGACUUGUUAAUGGAGGUGGAGCUCUAUUGGAUAAUGGCUUGUAGUUUGCAUUAAUAAUAUAUUCAUUUGAGCGGUUGUUGGAAUAUAUAGCGGAAGGCUUUCUUUUUCACGGUCAUAUAUGGUCAUAAUCUUGGAUGUUGUAGAGUUGUGGCAAUUACUAUAAAUGAGGGAUUCAUUGCUACUGGUGGUACCAUAUGUACAUUAUCACUUGGACACCACAUGAUUUUAUCAGCAGUUAGGCAAAGACAUUCUGCUCUGAUAUAAGGAUAUUAUGCAUUAUGUGCUGCACCAGCAAAACCAUCUUUUUAGCUGCAUCCGAUGUUUGGGGAAAAAGCAUCAGCAGUAUUCAAGUCUUGGUUUGUAGAUAGGUUAUCCAUAUCAGAUAAAAUUAAAUGGUAGUGACUGAAAGCCGAAGCAUGAUUUCAAAUCAGCGUUGAUGCAGUUUAUAGUGCGUGGCAAAAAAAAUACGAGUCCCUCUUCCUAAGAAGACAAUGGUUCAUGCUUGAAAUGUUUGUAACCAUGUAAAAGUCCCACUGCAAACCCCAAAUUUGAAGUUUGGUUUAUGUGUGUCAACAUACAUGCACAUGCCCAUUUUAAAAAGUUAUAUGCAUGUUUGGAUAUUCUCUAUCUUUCAUCCGUGAAUAGCUUCUGUUUAGGUUCAAGAUUCGUGGUUAUCAACAAAAUGUGUUUCGUGUUUAUAUAGUGCUGGUAUUUUUUAUUCAUUGUCAUCAUCUAUACUGACCUAGUCCGUGGUCAAAAGCUUCUGAUCCCUUCUUUUAACAUCUGCAGGUAUCCCGGUAAUGCCAUUCCCCCAAAUAUUGCUGAUUGUAUCCUACAAUUUAGUAUUUUGUGUCUAAAUUAUCCCUGGAGAUUUCCCAUGUCUAACUUCUGUAAUUCUUUUAUCCUGAAGUUAUCAAAAUUGAGGUAUUUUUUAUUCAUAUUUAAUUUUUCAUUUAUUAUAAAUGGAUUGUGUAUUGUUUUAUGAGUAUUUUGUUACAUUUUCAUCUUUUUUCUUGUUUCUGCUUUUCUGAUCCCUUCUGUAAGAUUCAGUGUGAAAGGAUUAUUUUCCAAAAAUUUCAAGUAAGCUUAUUUGAUUUUUAUUAACAAACCAGAUUUGAACAUGGAAGUGGAAUCCCUGCUUGAUUGAAUAUUUGGAUCAUCAUUUUUGAAAGCUAGAAAACUUAAAAAAUCUCAAAGUCACUCAGUAGCUUAUCCACUUAGAAUAUUCUGUUCAACUCAAAUGGUUCUCUGCUCUUGCACCCCCCUUGAUGGUAGAUGAUCUGUGUUCAUUUCUGAUGUUACGAGUCAAUGGAACUAGAUUGUUAUGUUUACCCAAAAGUGUUGAUUUUUUGCGUUCAUUUAUUUUGUAUUGGUUAGUCUAGAUCAUGAUCACGACUAAAGAACUGCUGGCAAACGUAUGAUAUGGUCAAUAAAUGGAUUUCCUAUUGUGGCUUGGAAGAUUUGUGUGAUCGUUAAAUUCUUUAUUUUACUUAUGGUAGGUUUAUUCCUCAAUGACAUUUUGGUAUGCGUAUAUCUAACACUGUAUUCGAGUAGUAUUUUCCUUGACUCUAAACUUCUAGCCUUGAACGUGGAACCCACAACUGGGAACUAUUAUCCAACAGUCUACUUCAACGAGUUUUGGCUUCUUAGAGACAAACUCAUGCCACUUAAUGAGACUGUCACAGAACUGCCUCUUUAUCUGGAAGUUGGUCCCAUCAGCAUUACCAAGUGGCAGUUGUUCCUUCAGAUGGAUCAGUCGUUCCAGAUCCAUCGUAGCUAUGGUAGCAUGCUCGAGGGUGAGGCGGACGAGCUUAAGGUGAUUGACUACACAAGGAUUAUCUUGGUGUUACCACUUCUGCAUUGUGCAACAUAAAUAAGAUUUUUUGCCAAUUUGCGAGUGAUUUAUAUGAUUUUGGUCUCUCUUUGGCUGCCUGGGAAUCGUUGAUGAUGAUUCUAUCAUCGAUGUUAAACUGUCAGGCUUAAAGGUCUCAAUAUCUGGUAGAAAUGCAUUAUAUCCCUUAACAUUGUCGUUUUUGGGAGGUCUCCAUCGUUGUAAUCUUUUUUUGUGGGAGGGGCGAUGAGGGUUCAACAGAAGGAUCAUUCUGAGUACCAGAUUUCCCCCCCCCCCCCCCCCCCCCUCUCCUUUCAUUCAUCAUCACAAUGGUGCCAUGGAAAGUAUGUCAUGGCAUAGAAGAGCGUAUGAUUAUAUUUUAAGGAGAGGAUUCGGCGUGUCUGCAUUUUCAAUAUCUGCCGCAUCCUGAGAGAUUUUUUCAUGCUAUGCUGGUUCUCUAACCCUUUUUUCCCUGGAAUUGGACAUUUUUUGCUUCAGCCGAUUUCACUAUGAUUUUGAUAUUCAGAAUAUAGGGGUCAUGUUUUUACCUCCUUUAGGUAACUGAUUAAACAUGGUGUCCACUUUUUUAAGUUCUCAAACGCGUUGAAAAACUUGAUUUAGCCUGUCUUCUACUUUUUCAUAUGCUGCAUGAUUGGAAUGUUGUAUAUUUAUUUUAAUGCUAUUAUGUUAGUUUCUUCAUGCCAUAACUGAUGCAUCUUACCAUAAAGUGGGAACAAAAACUAUGAGUUCCCUGCACAGUUUAGGGAACUGCGUGUGAUGACUAUGUGCAACACCUAUUUUAGUUUGCAGGCUUGAGCAUGUGAUUUGUUCUCUCAUCUCCUUUUUCCAUGAUUACUUCUGUCUCAGAGGGUAUUUUUGGAAGGCAAUCCGUAUCUCCUUGGGGUGACAAUGAUUGUAUCCUUGCUUCAUUCAGUUUUUGAUUUCUUGGCUUUUAAAAACGGUACAGACUUUUUCCCAAUGUUGUUUAGACCCCAGAUUUGGACUAGUCAAACAUGGUUUACAUCUUUACUAAUGUGCUAUUUGUGUUUCUUCUUUUCGUUUGUAGAUAUUCAGUUCUGGAAUAAGAACAAGUCCAUGGAGGGGCUGUCUGCAAAAUCCGUCGUUGUCAGCUUUAUCUGUCAGCUGAUUGUUUUCCUCUAUCUCCUGGACAAUGAUACCUCAUGGAUGAUUCUUGCUAGUUCAGGUGUUGGCUGCUGCAUUGAAUUCUGGAAGAUUGGAAAAGCUAUGCACAUUGAGGUAACAACGAAUCUAUUGUGCCUCUUGUGCUUAAUUGCGUAUGAGCAAGACUUGUAGUAUGGGAAAUAUACUUUUGAACUUUGAUUUAAAUGUUGGGCCUCUGUGCUGGUUAAUAGAAUUUUAAGUCGUGUUUCAAGUCGAUGGAAUAAAAGGUGUCUCCAGAUUAGGAGUCUAAGCCUUAGAAUCUUCCAUGUCCUGAAUGCUCCGUAGCUUGUUGCAUGCUAUGAAGGAUCUGGGAAGCUCAAGACUGGUCAGAUUUGUGGUUUUUUUUUUAUAAAGCUGAAGGGAAAAUGACUGAAAAAUUAAAAAAAUAAAGUCGUAUUUUCUUCCUUGGUUCAUCUCUAUGCGUUUCGUAAUUAUCUGUGUUUUUUUAUAGAUUGACAGAAGUGGGAGAAUCCCCAUGCUGAGAUUUCGGGAUCGUGAGACAUACUCUGGGAACAAAACUAAGGAGUAUGAUGACCUCGCGAUGAAGUAUCUAUCCUACGUUCUUUUAGUCCUAGCUGCUGGUUCGUCUGUGUACUCUCUCAUGUAUGAACAGCACAAGAGCUGGUAUUCGUGGAUACUUGGCUCCCUGACGAGCUGCGUCUACAUGUUCGGUAUGUACACAUUCCUCUUCGGUUUUAAUAAUUAUGGAUGACCUGUUUUGCGAUUCAUAGAUUAUUCAUUUGCUUGAUUACCCUACAUCACCAUCAUCAUGAUCCCUGCCAUGGAGUAUUGAUUUGAGAAGAAUUUCAUACGCAUUAAUUUAAAUAAUAAUAAUAAUAUUAAAAAAAAACUAGUCGUUCAGAAAACCUCCAACAAUCUGCCAUUUUUACCCCGAAAGCAUUUAAUUUAAAGAAAGGAAGUUUUUUUUUUGGCUGGAUACACGACUUUAAUGGGUAAUUUGUAAAAUCAUACCCAUUUAAUUUUCCCUUUGUUGGCGUGAUAACUUUCUUUAUAAUUGAUACAGAAGUAAUGGGCAGAAGGCGACUCAUCCUCUGCGCUCUAUCUUCUGAUCAUCCUCUCGAAACCCUGUCGCACAGUUUCUUGCCUGAUUUGUGCUGAUCCUCCGAGCAUGCCGCCUCCUUCAUCGCAGUUCUAGCCAACCAUUUUUUUAUCUUUUCCUGGGCAGGUUUCAUCAUGAUGUGCCCACAACUGUUCAUCAACUACAAGCUCAAGUCGGUCGCCCAUCUUCCUUGGAGGCAAAUGACGUACAAGUUCCUCAACACGAUCGUCGACGACCUGUUCGCGUUCGUCAUCAAGAUGCCAAUCCUGCACCGCCUCUCUGUUUUCCGCGACGGUGAGCUUCAGAUCGAAACCCUGCUUCGGUUAUCAGUUUACGAAGCGAAGGGCAUUAUCUAUAGACUGACGGCGUUCUCGGCGGCGUGAUGCAGAUGUUAUUUUCCUGAUAUAUUUAUAUCAGAGGUGGAUCUACCCGGUUGAUAAGAGGCGUGUGAAUGAGUUCGGUUUCGGAGGUGAAGACGAGGACAGGGCUCUGGCCGCCGGUGAUGCCGGAGCGGCCUCCGCUGCCGUGGGGGGAGAAGACAAGAAGACCAAGUGA